AUGGCUUGGCUCCAAGUCUCCGCCGCCUUCUCGUUGUACUGGAACAGCCUCGGUCUGCUCAAUGGCUUUGGUGCCUUCCAGACCUACUACGAACAGUAUUUGCUCAGCGACCAGACCGCAUCAGCGAUCUCCUGGAUUGGUUCGGUCCAGGUAUUCUUCCUCAUGGCCGGAGGUGUUUUCCUUGGUCCGCUCUAUGACAUGGGCUACACGCGGUCGAUGCUCUUCGCUGGGACCUUUCUCGUCACCUUUGGUUUCAUGAUGACGAGCAUCAGCACACAAUAUUAUCAGAUUUUGCUGGCUCAGGGAUUCUGCGUUGGCAUUGGAACCAGCUGUCUUUACAUGCCUGCCAUUACCUUGAUCCCACCCUACUUUACCACAUCACGGGCUCUCGCUAUGGGAACGGCGGGCGUUGGAAGCAGUCUUGGUGCUGCUCUGUACCCUCUCAUGUUCGAGAGGCUAUACCCGCAAAUUGGGUUUCCAUGGACCGUUCGAAUUAACGGUUUCAUCGUCUUGGCCAUGGGCAGCUACGCCACCGUGGUAGCUCGGCCGCUCCGCAAGCCCAAACAGACCACCAAAGGCAUGCAGUCAUUUAAGGGGGUGACUAAAGCUGCUGGGCUCACAGAUAAGCGGUACAUGAUCCAAUGUAUCGCCAUCUUCUUCAGUAACGUCGCCUUUUUCGAGCCCAUGUACUACUUGCAGACCUAUGCCCUAUCACAUGGUAUGCAGGGGCAGACCUUGGCAAGUUAUCUCCUUGUCAUAUUAAACGCGGUUGCUAUCCCCGGCCGCAUCAUACCAUCGCUCGCAGCGGACCGGUUUGGUGUGCUGAAUACCUACAUCUGCAUAUCCGCCAUGGCUGCCGUCAGCAUAUUUUACUGGAUUAGCGUGACGAACCGCGCCGGGAACAUUGCCUUCUCGGUGCUCUAUGGCUUUUUCUCAGGAAGUGUCGUCACCUUGGCACCGGUGGUCCUUGCAAGUAUUACCGACGAUCUGAGCAUAUUGGGCACACGGCUUGGCUUCGUUGCCGUCUUGAAGGGUAUCGGAUCGCUCAUUGGCCCACCCAUCGCGGGCGCCAUACUCGGAAAUACAGGCAGCUAUCUCGGUAUCCAGCUGUUUUCUGGGCUGGCCAUGUUGCUCACAGCAGUCUUUGCUAGCCAGCUACGGGUCGUAAUUGCUCGACAAGCUAGGAGUGAGAAGAAGGGGGAAUUGGAAGACCACAGCGGGCCUGAGAACGAACUAGAAUCUCGGCCGUGA